AUGGAGCAAGACAAUUCAGGAUAUGCGGCUUCAUCCGCUUCUCGACGACCGGACAUGGUCAACCGAUCGAGAAGCAGAGGAAAGUCUGCUGAAAUUGAGCCUGCUGUGACCAGGCUUCUUCGAACUACCAAGGCUUUAUUGGAAGCACUGACCAUGUGGUCGCAAAAUCACGUCACCACAGGGGAAAUCUUUGAUCUGUACGAAACGCUAGAGAAUCAGUUUCAUGUCGUAUCUCGAGCAUUUGAAGAUGUCUCAGUGCCCAUGAGCGAUUUGAUCUGGAUUCCACGUCAGCUGCGCGACUCGGUAGCACUGGCCAUGAACGACGAAGCUUCGCCCAUGACUUUGAAUCAGCAUUUGCCACGUAUUCGUGAUGUCAUUGUCCACUUAUUGCACGGUCUCAAGAGCAAACAACAGCAGUUACAAGUACGGGAGCGAGAAACGUCACUCUCUUCGCACGACUCCGUACGCUCGACUGACUCGUGGCAUCGUGACGUCCCGCCUGCUGCGCUCUCUCGUGGUUCGGCCGGGCAGAAUCCAGCACAGGGAUCCCGACCGUACUAUCCACCGAGUUCGCCACCUCAACUUCCUUCCGGCCGAUUGACGCCUUCGGAUUAUGAUCCAUAUGUGGCUGGAAUACCUAGACCGUCGACGUCGUCGGAAUCUGCACGGAUGAAGUACUAUCCCGCACGCACGGGCAGUCCCUCUACUCGUCCCACUUCACCUCCUAUACCUGGAUCGCCUUCUUUCCAACCUACGCGGAUGCCAUCACCCUCACGAUCUUCCUCGUCAUCCACCAACAACCGUUCUCGGCUGCCGAAUUCUCCUUUGAAUGUUCAAGCACCUCCUCCACCACCACCGCCUCCUCCAUCCUCUGCCUUUGCACCUUCGAUUUCUUCAUCUUCCAAAAUAUCGACCGAAUUUGACGAAAACGAACCAAACACAGCGAGCGCUUUGGCGGCUUUGAAACGUCAAGAAAAUCUGGCGCGGCGUUCCUCUGUACGACGCGCUUCCAUGUUUAGAGCGAAUGGAGCCAGCGACUACUUUCCCAAACGUGCUCACGCAGACACACCGCCCGUCCCUCCUCUACCGUCACACAGUCAUCAGAUCGAACCACCAUCAUCCACUCUCGCAACGGUCAAAGAAUCAACUGAUCAAACAACGACGAGUGAACCUACAAGCACCCGUCAAAAAACCGAUGAAGGUCUAACAUUGUACCUUCAAAUUGGAAACGAGACGAAAAAGGUGUACUACAGUGGGGAAAUCAGCAUGCCUGCGUUACGCAUGCUUUUUAUUGAGCGUUUCGGUUACUCUUCGCGGCAGAAUGAUUUCCCCAGCAUCUAUGUGAAAGACCCCUCCAUCGGUGUUUCUUACGAACUUGAAAAUCUUGACGAGGUGAAAAACAGCUGUGUGCUGUCACUCAAUAUAACAGACAAGGACGGUUCAAAUGAAGAUGAGAAACAGCGGAUAGAACUGGUGGCCAAUGCAUUAGGAAAAGAGAUGGCCGAAUUUAGACGCAUUUUCAUGGAAGAAUUGGAGCAACUGAAAAAGGAUAUACACGAAGGGUCGGCAUCGCGGGAAGUCUUGGAUGAAGUUCGCCAGUUAUUAUCCGCCAAAAAACCGUCAUUGGUAACGACGGAGGAGGUGACAGAAACGCCGACUGCCGACAACGAAGAAGAGAGCAAGGAGGAACCAAAUGAACCUCCGUCCAACGACGUAACGGUGGACGAGACUGAGGUGGCAUCGCUUGCUUCGACAUCGCCGGCGGCUUCCGCAGCGAUUGGAUUAUCCGUCACGGAGUUGAAAUCACACCUGGACCAGGUGGAUGCAUUACGACGGGAUAUGGCUAUCCUUCGUCAAUAUCAGCAUGAAUUACAGGAAGGAACAGACAGUGUGAUUGGAGAAUUGAAGAGCAAGUCCCAGCAAUUACGAGCGCAGGGGCAAGAUGCGCAGCAAAAGCAAAUGGCAAGAUCCGCUGCACGAUUAUUCAUUGAAGAGGGCAAGGACAAACUCUUGACAAGUUCCGACAAAAUCACGGCACGACUAGAGGAUCUUCAAGAUACCAUUGAUCAGCUCAAGACGGAUGUUACGACGCGCAAGUGCCGUCCAUCGGAAGUGCAGAUGACGCACUGUGCUCAAGAACGAAAGGCACUGGCGCAAGAGAUUGAAGAGUUUGGCAAUUAUAUUAUGAAAGUGAAGCCAACGUGGAAGAAGACAUGGGAACAAGAGCUGCAAACCAUUGUGAAGGAACAACAAACGUUGAAGGAACAGGAGGGAUUACUGUUGGACAUGAAAGACGAUCUGGAUGCGCUGUUGGAAGUGUUUGAGCAGCUGGAAAAAAUUUACGCUUAUCAGGUCAAGGCAAGACCGGUGAAGCGCGAGUUCCGAGUGGCGCCGGCAGAAGAAGGAUUUGAAGGCAUGUCGAGUGUACUGAAGCAAGUAGCGACCAUCGAUGUAGAUCACGAUCGUCGCUUGCGUGCGUUGGAACAAGCGGAUAAGAUGCGACAACGAGAAGUAGCCAAUCGCAUUGAUGAUUUCGAGAAAGAACUGACGGACUUUGUGGACUCCAAGAAGCUCAAGAAGACAGGCGGCGCCUUGGAAAUAGACCGAUUGCGAAAACAAAAGGAUCAGGAUCUUUUGAAGCGUUUAUAUACCGAACGACAACAAGCAUCCGCAGCUGCGAUAGGGGAGGAAGCGAAAGAGACCGACACGAAGGAGACGGAAGCGGAAGAGAAGGAAGAGAAAUCAAGAGAAGAAAAUGAAAGUAAAGAAGAUCUGGAACCUGCAACUGAAGAAUCGGCCGCGGCAGAUUCUCCUACGGAAGAAAAAAAUAAUGAUGAAAAAGAAUAA